UAAGUGACAUUCUUUAUUCAAGUGUUUCAGGCACUUUUCAGGUUUCUGAAAAAUUAAACAAAUUUAAAGUGCUUAAACUGGAGAAAUUCUGUUUGUGUCAUUAGUUGUACUGAAAUUGAAAAUUAAAAAAAAAUAUUUAGAAAAAGAGCCUCGACAUCCCGACAAUAGUGACGCUACUGAACUCAGUUCAUGCGGGCAGGAUAACCAACAUAAGAGAUUAUAAAUGUUAGUAAGUUUAAUUAACCUCAAAAAACACAACUAACCACGUUUUAUGCAAUUAACUCAAAAUCCAAGAUGUGUAGUAUUGGUGAUGAUAAUUUUGAAGACCUCGAUAACUUAAAGUACAUGCCUUCGAAAGAAAAACCUUCAUCAUUUUCUAAAUGUAACAAAUGUAGAGAAGCAGUACCAAUUGUGGUUUUACGUUCGAAGGAUAAAUAUUGUAGAAAUUGUUUUUUGGCUGGUGCGACGCAUAAAUUUAAAGCGACAUUAGGAAAACAUAAGUUAAUUCGUCCAAAUGAUCGUGUUUUGGUUGUACAUAAGUGUGGGCAUCCAAGUACGGCUCUUUUACACUUUAUUAGGACAGGGCUCGAUUUAGAGACACACAAAAAGUUACGAUUUGAACCUGUUGUGUUAUUUGUUGAAGAACACACCCAUUUGCCACCAACAGAUCGACAAGAACUAGUUAGAAAAGUCGAAAAAGAAGUCUUGCAGUUCGAGUUUCAAAUUUACUUGACUUCGUUAUCAAAAUUAAUUACAACGAAAUCUGUUGAAAGUGUAUUGUAUACAAAUUCUGAUUAUUUGGAAUUGUGCAAAGAUGACCAAACUGCUGUGGCAGAAUAUGUAGACCAGCAGUUGAAUGAGACAAACAAAAAUGAUUUUUUAAAUAUCAUCAAGCAAAAGUUACUUGUAAAAAUCGCUAAACAUUUAAGUUGCAAAUUUGUUUUUACACCUGAAACUUCCAGUGAUGUAGCCUCACAACUAUUAACUGAUAUUUCUUUAGGAAGAGGAUCUCAUGUAUCCUUAAAUGCGAGUUUUUGUGACUUUCGAGAUGAAUUUGUUAAAACUCUGAGACCUUUGCGUCUUUUUGACUUGAAAGAAUUAGCGUUUUAUAACCAUUUAAACAGUUUGGAACCUAUUACGUUUCGUAAAAUUGACGAAAAUCCUUACAAAUCAGUGCAACAAUUAAUGAAAAAAUUUGUAAAUGAAUUGCAAGUCAAUUACCCUGCAACUGUUACAACAAUUUUAAAAACCGGUGAUAAAUUGACACUUGCCACUAAAGUAACAAAUAAGUGUGAUUUUUGCAAUGCACCAAUUGAGGAAGAGCAAGCAGAAUUGACAUCAGUUGAAUCGACGCAAUUUUCCCACUGGGUUUCGACCCAAACCCCUGAGGAACGUUAUUUGGUAUCUGGGAGGACAUUUAAUAAUCUUAACUGUGAUAAUUACUGCUUUGCUUGUAAAAAGUUUUGUAAAUAAAUUUCGUAAAUAAACGUUGACUUUAGCGCCA